AAACAUCCCGCGUUCUAUAAUCUAAUAUCAGACCUUUCUACCGCUGGCGAUCCAAUAUCAAACAAAACCUUAGCCUUAGCUCAAUACAUCCGGUUGUACAUGAUAUACUAUUUGUCUGUCUAACUACUAGGCUAAUCAAACAUCAACCACAACACAACAAUACAAUGUCUUCAUCACCAUCUCCAUAUCCUACCUCAAGCUAUACCCCUCAUCGAAACUCUCAAUCCUACUCUGCGAACGAUCCAAAUGCUCCACCACCACCACCUCCUAAACCAAAUUCCCGAGAUGUGAGUCGUCAAGGUACACCUGCGGGAAGUGGAACACAAUCAUUUCCUAGACCUGGAGUUUCAAUGCAAUACGAAGGAAGACAAGAUGAUACUUCACGAGAACAAUCUCAACAAAUUCAAGAUCCUGGGGAUCAGUGGCUUCCGAAUAUAUUGCUGGAUAAAUCGUAUGUAUUACAUUACCCAUAUGCAGUUGAACAUUUUUCAACUGCGGAUAACUUCUCAUUCUGCCUAUCAUGAUUCUUAUGAAUGUCUCUAUUAUCCUUGUGUAUAUCACCUUGGUGUAUAGUAGGAUUGCUUAGAUUUCGUGUCUGGAGGACAUGAACAUCGCAUUAGUUAGCUCAUAAUAUUAACAUGAUUCAGGAAGCAAGACCUCGCAUCCGUAUUAUCCAACCCUGCUCUCCUAGCCGCCCUCACACACUCAACAUCUACCGCUCAUCCGUCCAUUUCUAUAUCACAAGAACCACUAAAAUCCGCAUUGGAUGAUAAUAUUGCACUAGCAACUCAUCUAUUGGAACUUGAGUCUCGACUUGAUCACCUGCGCUCUUCAACACAAGCUCAAUUAUUAUCUACACAUGCAUUGGAACGUCAAUGGAAACAAAAACAAUCCGAGAUGGAUAGAACUUUAGCUCCUUUCUCACCGAGCUCAUUAUAUCAAAGAUUAGGUCAAGGUGUUCAGGAACAAGAAAUGAUUUGUAGGGCCAUGGAAGAAAGUUUUCUUGAGGGUGAUGGCAUGGCUACGGAAAGGGAAGCAGUUGAUUGGGUUAGAAAGUAUAGGGAAACGAAGAAAGUUUAUUAUUCAAGGAGAGAGAGGAAGGAUAGAUGGGAUGAAGGAAGAGUUGGAGGUUGGAGAUGAUGUGAAAGUUUUGAUGUAUUAUAUUUUCUGAAAUUCGAACGUUAAUAUUUACUCGUUAAGAGAAAUAUGAUUUGAUAUAAAAUACAUCAUAGCUGUAAGAAACUGUGAGGAUACAAAGUACAAAACGGCA